ACUCUAUUUUCAUUAAUCACACAAGAUGGCAUCAGUGAAUUUUUGUGUCUGUUUGCUUGUCUGAGAUAGUUUGAAAGAUUUGGUGUGUUGCUUGUGUGGGGUCUUUGGGUUGUUGUCUGGCGGGUUUCUCGAUGUUUACACCAGCGGCCAUAUUGUGUUUUGUCGGCUUGAGGAAGCCUUCAUGAAAUUGUGAAAAUUUGUAUAGUUUUCUUCAUGCAAAUACUACAACUGUAUAUUAUAGUGUGAUCUGCGCUAGGUUAGGUUAGUAUAUCAGUGACGUGAAUGGACUAUUAAAGUUUAUUUGCGAAGACGUUGUGUGUGUGGAAAUAUAAUGGACACCGACAGGAAAACGACUUGUGUGGUGGGAACAGGGUGCUAGCUUGGCUUUGCAUGGGUUACUCUAAACGAGAUUCGACGUAAUUCAGAGUUAUCGAUUCUAUAGCCGUGAAUACUCUAAGCUGAUCUCAUUUUUACUAGAGAGCUGGAACAUUAUAUGACUGCGUGGACGGGACUGCUGUAAGAGCGCAUUCUGAAGUACUGAAACUGCAAAGAUUAAGUAGAAUUGUUGUCGUUUAGUUCUCACUGAGUAAUCCCAUAUAAGUCGAACAUAUAUCAGUGACAGAUUUGGUCCUUGUUUAGCGCACUAAACACUUCUUCGAGAAAAUCAUACCUUUGUGAGAAGUAUAAUGACACAACUGCAACUAGUGAAUACGUUUGCAUAAUUGUUAAAUUAAUGUAUUCGAUAUACAUAUAUAAAGUGGAGCCUACGGAACCCUCUAGAUUUAGAUGAAUUUCUGUACAGUGCUCUGCUAGAAAACGGAACACUAGAGCUGAUUCUACAAUUGUGUAUAAAGCAGUUAUUUCCUAUUAUUCUAGCGUCAUAUUACAAAAACCACGUAUGUGUUACAUGCCCUAGCAAAAAUGAUUUUAAGGAAUAUUUUUUCAGCGUACUAUGGUUGAUAAUUCGAUGAGGUGUUUGGUUGUCGAGACCAACAUAAGAAGUUCUCCCGAAGUUCUACGUGCUUGAUGUAAGAAGUAACAAAGCCUGGUGCCAUUGCAACGAGUGCGAUGUCGGGGACAGCAGUGUCUCCAGCACCAGAGCUGAGUUCCGGCUCAGCCUUGGGGGCCCCUGGAAUGACCAUACCACAUUCGCCUAGUCAUGGCUCAUCGGCGCCAUCUCAUCAUCCAAACCAUCCUGGUGCCCAUGUAUACGCUUCCAGUCCCAUGGGCCACGAUCCGAUGGAUAGAGAGCGGAAUGGCGCUCCAGAAGCGCGUGAGGAUGGCAAACAGCCCAUGUCAGCCUUUAAUCAAAUUCAGCAAAAUCAGCUAAGAGCACAAAUUCAAGUGUACCGACUUCUAGCCCGUAACCAGCCUAUACCCGAUCAAUUGAGUCAACAGGCUUUGAGACCAGCAGGACCUACACCAGGACCUCCCAAGCCUCCAGCUCCAAAGCAAAAUCGAAUAACGCCGCUUGCCAAACCACAAGGGCUCGAUCCUCUCGAGCUUCUUAAGGAACGCGAAAACCGCAUUACCCAGCGUAUCGCUUAUAGGAUACAAGAGUUAUCACGUCUCCCGGCUGCUAGCCUAUCUGAAAAAUUGAAAAUAAAAGCUCUUACAGAGUUGCGGGCAUUGCGCCUGCUAAAUUUCCAGAGACAGCUGCGCACCGAAGUGGUAGCCUGCAUGCGCAAGGAUACCACAUUAGAGACAGCACUAAAUCCUAAGCUGUACAAGCGCACAAAGCGGCAAGGUUUGAGAGAGGCACGAAUUACCGAAAAACUGGAGAAACAACAAAAACUCGAGCAGGAAAAGCGCCGCCGUCAGAAACAUCAAGAGUACCUUACAGCUGUCCUGCAGCAUGCGAAAGACUUCAAAGAGUUCCACAAAAAUGUCGUCCAGCAAAAAAUAUCGAAAAUUAACAAGGCGGUUAUUACGUAUCAUCAGAACACUGAACGUGAGCAGAAGAAAGCUCAGGAGCGUCUGGAAAAGGAGCGUAUGAUCAGGCUGAUGGCUGAAGAUGAGGAAGGUUACCGAAAGCUUAUCGAUCAGAAGAAAGAUAAGCGUCUUGCAUUCCUACUUUCCCAAACAGAUGAAUAUAUCAACAACCUAACGAAAAUGGUCGUGCAACACAAAAAGGAGUUGAAGAAACUCAAAAAGACAAAGAAGCCUAAGGCUGACGGUGAUGCGAAUAGAGAAGAGGGUGAAGUGCGUGUGCGCGUAAUUGAAACCGCCACUGGAACUGAGUUAAGUGGAGUGGAAGCACCACUAGCCUCCGAAUUGGAUCAGUGGCUCGAGUCGCAUCCAGGUUGGGAGGCAGCCCCGCGUGACGCUGAGACAGAUGAUUCAAGCGAUGAAGAGGAGUCACCACCUGCUCCAGGAGCUCCGACCGCGACGGACACCGCCGUUGAAACACCCCCAUUACCACAGGGAGUAGCCAAAGACGACGACGAGUACGAAAAGAACACGGCGGCUCAAAUUCAAAACUAUUACAAUAUUGCGCAUGCUAUCCGUGAGACGGUGACCGAACAAUCGUCAUUGCUGGUAUUCGGUCGUCUCAAAGAAUAUCAGAUAAAAGGUCUUGAAUGGCUAGUAUCAUUGUAUAACAACAAUCUUAACGGUAUUCUGGCUGACGAGAUGGGUUUGGGUAAGACCAUUCAAACGAUUUCUAUGAUUACCUAUUUAAUGGAAAAAAAGAAAGUAAAUGGACCUUAUCUCGUAAUUGUGCCCUUAUCCACACUUUCCAAUUGGAUUCUUGAAUUCGAUCGCUGGGCCCCUAGUGUCGUCAAGGUAGCGUACAAAGGGUCACCCAACCUGCGUCGUUCCCUCCAGAGUCAACUGCGAAAUUCCAAGUUCAACGUGUUGUUGACAACGUACGAAUACGUGAUCAAAGACAAGGCUACACUUUCUAAAAUCAAGUGGAAGUACAUGAUCAUUGACGAAGGUCAUAGAAUGAAGAAUCAUCAUUGUAAACUUACGCAGGUGCUCAAUACUCACUACACCGCCCCACACCGUCUUCUUCUAACUGGUACUCCGCUACAGAACAAGCUUCCUGAGCUUUGGGCCCUGCUUAAUUUCCUGUUGCCAUCCAUAUUCAAAUGUUGCAAUACGUUUGAGCAGUGGUUCAACGCACCGUUUGCAACCACUGGUGAAAAAGUCGAAUUGAAUGAGGAAGAAACAAUUCUCAUUAUCCGUCGUUUGCAUAAGGUGUUGCGUCCAUUCUUACUGCGUCGAUUAAAAAAGGAAGUCGAACACCAACUUCCUGACAAAGUCGAAUACGUUGUCAAGUGCGAUAUGUCUGGACUGCAAAGAUUGCUUUAUAAGCACAUGCAAAAGGGUAUCCUGCUAACGGAUGGUUCUGAGAAAGACAAAAAAGGCAAGGGUGGCAUGAAGACACUCAUGAACACAAUCAUGCAGCUUCGAAAGAUCUGCAAUCAUCCGUUCAUGUUCCAGCACAUCGAGGAAGCAUUCGCCGAACAUACCGGAAAUGGCAAUGGUCAACUCGUUGUAGGCCCUGACCUCUACCGCGUGGCAGGGAAGUUUGAAUUACUUGAUCGCAUCCUGCCGAAAUUCCGUGAAACGAACCAUCGAGUGCUUGUAUUCUGUCAAAUGACAUCGUGCAUGACGGUACUCGAGGAUUACUUAAAUUUCCGCGAGUUUGCCUACCUACGACUCGAUGGAACUACAAAAUCCGAAGAUCGAGGUUGCCUAUUAGCCAAGUUCAAUGAUCCUCAGUCUCCCUACUUUAUCUUUCUACUGUCAACUCGUGCUGGAGGCCUUGGACUAAAUCUACAGACGGCUGAUACUGUCAUAAUUUUCGAUUCUGACUGGAAUCCGCAUCAAGAUUUGCAAGCGCAAGAUCGAGCCCACAGAAUCGGUCAGAAGAACGAGGUGCGCGUUCUACGACUAGUAACUGUCAACUCCGUCGAAGAGCGUAUUCUCGCUGCUGCCAAAUACAAACUAAAUCUUGAUGAGAAGGUUAUUCAGGCAGGAAAGUUCGAUCAGAAAUCAACUGGUAGCGAGCGACGUCAGUUCCUGCAGGCCAUUCUGCAAGACGAAAACGAAGAAGAAGAGGAGGAAAACGAGGUGCCCGAUGAUGAAACGAUUAAUCAGAUGAUUGCCCGCUCCGAGGACGAAUUUAAUCUAUUCCAAAAGAUGGAUAUUCAGCGCCGGAGAGAUGAAGCUAAGGCUACUCCCCGUAAACCUCGCCUAAUGGAAGAGGAUGAACUACCCCAGUGGCUAGCCCUCAACGACGAGGAAGUGGAGAAGUUAACGCAUGCUGACGAAGACGAUGAUAAAGUGUUCGGCCGCGGCUCGAGGGCACGUAAGGAAGUCGAUUAUUCCGACGCUCUGACUGAACGACAGUUCCUCAAGGCCAUCGAAGAUGGAGAUGUCGAUGACUUUGAGGACGAGCCCGCGGCCCCCACAACCUCGGGCAGGCCUGGCCGGAAAAAGCGCCGAAAGGUUGGGUCGGACGAUGAAGAAGAACCCGCAUCUGGCCGCAAACGUCAACGUAAAAGCAGAGGUCCUGGAGCGGGCAAGGAUGAUAAAAGCGGUCAGGUAAGCCAGCUCCUAAAAAGGCAAAUGAAAACCAUACUCAACAUGGUAAUCAACUAUGCCGAUGCUGACGGGCGCGUACUUAGCGAAAGCUUUAUGCAGCUGCCCUCGAGAAGGGAUCUUCCCGACUACUACGAGAUCAUCAAAAAGCCCAUUGACCUCAACAAAAUGCUAAAACGCAUUAAGGAUGAGCACUACAAAUCACUAGACGACCUCGAAGAAGACUUUAUGCUGCUGUGCACGAACGCACAGAAAUACAACGUGGACGGCUCGCUGAUCUACGAAGAUUCAAUCGUCAUGCAAUCCGUGUUUACAUCAGCCCGCGAGCGUGCUGAAAAGGCAGAUGAAGACCAGCUUGUAGAAGAUGAUGAAACCGAAGACACCGGACGCGAGAAAAAGGGCCGAGGCAAGGGAGCUAAAACUCCGCGUCGGGAAGCCAUCAAAAAGAAACCUCGCAAAAAGUACAUGGUGGAAAGUGACGAAGAUGAAACCGAAGACAGCGAUUAAAUUCGUGAAAAAAAUAGGAGACGAAAGGCGUUUAGAGAAUUAUUUUAUUGAAUAUACUGGUGAUUGGGCAGUAUCUGCUAUAAUUAAUUGUGAGAUAAUUUGAUCGACACCUACAAAGAACCGAUGGGUGCACAAAAGUAUAUUAUAAAAAAUUAAGUCAAGAAAUGACUAAUAUGUAUCUAAUUGCCAAUGCAUUAUUAUUUAUCUAAAGUUUACGUUGUGGAGCCUUCCAAAAAUUUUGGGAACGCACGAGGUUGGAGUUGUGGUAAAAAAUCCUAAGUGAGUAUGUCAUCAUCUGUGUGCAUACCGCGGCAGAAAUGACAACAGGCUAUAGGCAUUGAGGUUAUCAUGAAGGGUAAUUUGCAUGAAAGGUGACCAGUGUAGAGGAGUGGAAGGACCAUCUGAGGGGAGAAGAAUAUAAAGGCCCAGUUGGAGUACAUGGAGCUGUAUUUUAAUCUUUAAAUAAUAAAAAUAGCUUAUUACUAGAGAAAGUUACAUGAA